GAAGCGGAAGGGACCCAGGUGGCGGCAUGGCGGCGGUUGUCGUGUGCGGCGCUCGGCGCCUGGCGGGGCGAGCGGCUUUUCUCUUGUCCGGGGCUUCGCGGCGGUCUACUCAGCUGCUUUGCACAAUGACCCAGGAAAAAAGCACUGGACCAAAUUUGGAAGAAGAACAAAGCCAGAGGCACAAUGAACAAAAACCUGAUUCUUGCUCUGGUACAAAUAUAUUAACAGAGGAAAAGACUAAACUGGAAGAGCAAUUAAAGGAAAUAACUGAUAAAUAUAAACGUGCCCUGGCAGAUGCAGAGAAUCUGCGGCAGAGAACUCAGAAAUUGGUAGAAGAAGCAAAAUUAUAUGGAAUUCAGAGUUUCUGCAAGGACUUACUGGAAGUUGCUGAUGUUCUGGAAAAAGCAACCGAGUCUGUUCCCAAAGAAGAACUAAAAGAUGAAAACCCCCAUUUGAAAAAUCUUUAUGAAGGUCUUGCCAUGACUGAAGUUCAAAUACAGAAAGUGUUUAAAAAACAUGGAUUGGUGAAAUUGAAUCCUCUUGGAGCCAAAUUUGAUCCUUAUGAACAUGAAGCAUUAUUUCAUGUCCCCACAGAAGGGAAAGAACCGGGCACUGUAGCUUUAGUAUCAAAGGUUGGCUAUAAAUUGCAUAGCCGUACUUUAAGGCCUGCAUUGGUAGCUGUUGUGAAAGAACAAUAGCAGUCUAAUCUGAAAGAAUUAAUAAGCAUCACAUAGAUAAUAGUUAGAGUUCUUAAUAAUGCCCCAUUAUAUAGAGGUGAUUUAUCAAAUGAAAUGGGAUACAGAGGAAAAUAACGGAUGGGUGAUAAAGCAUAUAGAGCAAUGUGAAAAUGUUUUUCAAUGAAUGUAUAUAAUGUGGAGACAACGCAAACUACAAACAUAAAUUACAGCAUCAAAUUAUAUAUAGUACCUUUUCAUUAAUGUAAGUCCUCAAGGAUAGCCUGCCUAAUAACCAGGCAACAAGAAGAAUGCCAUAUAGGUAUUUCCACAUUGAAAUCUUUCAAACUGUUUGUGUCAUCUUGUUUAUGCUUCUGUUCAAGCCCUAUCCUAAGCUGCGAUUGCGCUGUGGUGGAACAAAGAUGGUGGCAAGAUAUACAUGCACAACCAAUAAUGCAGUGAGAUCACUGGAAACCAUUCCUUGGUGAUGCCACUUAGCAUCUCAUAAGUGCUUUAAAGGUGUCAGAAUAGUAUGAUGCUAAAGUAAUAUACAAUUAAUCUAAGUAUUGUUAAUUGUUCACUGCUUACCUUUAAACAGACAGUUGUUUUGCAUCACUAAGAAUAGAAGACAUUAUUGGAAACGAGCAAAAUGAACAGGAGGUAUAGAUGACUAUGACAUGCAGCUAUAUAUAAAUGCCUUUGAAAAUUGACUCCUGCUCGAGUGGGUCAGCUUUCCUCUUAGAUUUCAGUCCUCCUGUAAGAGCACAGCAGCUUGUCUUUUCUUUCCUCCUUUGUCUUCGUGUCGUCUCGUUGCAAUCUUGUUCCUCAGUUUUCUUCCCAAUGAAGUUACCAUCUCUUUUCUAUUUUUCCUAAAGGGUGGGAAAUGGUGUCAUGGACAUCUCUUUGUAUGAAUGGUCUGUAUGUAAGAAGUAGUUGGUAUAUGCAGAGGGGGAUCAAUAAUUUUUAACUGUAGUGUCUUGCAUUUAAUUUUGACAAUGACUUUUUGUCUUGAUUGUGCCCUUUUGGGGUGAAGUAGUAAAGGUCAUAUAUUGUAAA